AUGUACUGCUUCCCUCACACCCUCACACCCUCAUACCCUCACACCCUCACACCAUCACACCCUCAUACCCUCAUACCCUCACACCCUCACAUCCUCACACCCUCGUACCCUCACACCUCACACCCUCACAUCCUCACAUCCUCACACCCUCACACCCUCACACUAUCACACCCUCACACCCUCACAUCCUCACAUCCUCACACCCUCACACCCUCACAUCCUCACACCCUCACAUCCUCACACCCUCACACCCUCACACCCUCACACCUCAUACCCUCACACCAUCACACCCUCACACUCUCACACCCUCACAUCCUCACAUCCUCACGUCUCAAUGGAUCCUGUUCUUACUCACCAGCAGAGAGACUCGAAGAAAGAUGUUAUAAAUAG